CCUUCUCCUCUGCUGUGUGGCUCCUUGCUCUGUCCUUAACGAACGUUAGUCACUUAAAUAAUAGACAACAACAGUUGAUUCAACGAGGGGAAUCGGGAUAUAUACAUGGACAUGGAUUUAUUCACGCCACAUUAUACGAGUGGAUUAUAAACACACAGGAUUCAGAGUGGACAGAAUGAAGAUGCCUGAGGCUCGGAGGUAGAGCCCUCCACCAGAGAGAGCUUGUUCCAGGGCUGGGGCUGGACCCAGAGACCCCUGUCUGGGGGUUGCAGGUCCCUUACAGCCCUGUGUGAGUCUGGACUAUGGGGGAUGGAGGAGCCGGUGCAACUGGAGGAGAUGGGGUGAACAAGUCCCAUGUCCUCUUUGACAAGUUUGUCCAGGGGACCACGUUCAAGGGCACGCUCAAGGCCUUCCAGGAGCUGUGUGACCAUCUGGAAGUCAAGCCUGGCGAGUACAGAAUCUUCUAUCACAAGCUCAAGUCCAAACUCAACUACUGGAAGGCCAAGGCACUCUGGGCAAAGUUAGAUAAGCGGGCUUUUCAAAAAGAGUACAAGAAAGGCCGUGUCUGUGCCAACUCUAAGUGUAUAAUCAUCGGUGCCGGGCCAUGCGGCUUACGUACAGCCAUCGAGCUCGCCUUCCUGGGGGCCAAAGUGGUGCUGCUAGAGAAGAGAGAUGCCUUCUCUCGGAACAAUGUGUUGCACCUCUGGCCCUUUACCAUCCAGGACCUCAGGGGCCUCGGGGCCAAAAAGUUCUAUGGAAAGUUCUGUGCUGGUGCUAUUGAUCAUAUCAGUAUUCGUCAGCUUCAGUUGAUUCUGCUCAAAGUUGCUCUGCUGCUGGGCAUUGAGAUCCAUGUCAACGUGGAAUUCAAGGGUCUUAUUGAGCCCCCAGAAGAUCAAGAGACUGAAAGGAUAGGCUGGAGGGCCGAGGUCCACCCCAGGACACACCCUGUCAACGAGCUCGAGUUUGAUGUCAUCAUUGGAGCAGAUGGAAGGAGAAACACGCUACCAGGGUUUCGGCGUAAGGAGUUCCGGGGCAAGCUUGCCAUUGCCAUCACUGCAAAUUUCAUCAACCGACACACCACAGCGGAGGCAAAGGUUGAGGAGAUAAGCGGGGUGGCCUUUAUCUUCAACCAGAAGUUCUUUCAAGACCUCAGAGAAUCCACAGGUGUUGACCUGGAAAACAUUGUCUACUACAAGGAUGACACGCACUACUUUGUGAUGACUGCCAAAAAACUGAGCCUGCUGGAGAAAGGAGUCAUUCUGCAUGAUUAUGCAGACACAGAGAUGCUACUGUCCAGAGCCAACGUGGAUCAGGCUGCCCUGCUGUCUUACGCCCGUGAGGCCGCCGAUUUCUCAACCAACCACCAGUUGCCCACACUGGACUUUGCCAUCAAUCACUACGGCCAGCCCGACGUAGCCAUGUUUGACUUUACCUGCAUGUACGCUUCAGAGAACGCCGCCAUGGUCCGCCAACGCAACGGCCACAAGCUGCUGACGGGGCUCGUGGGCGACAGCCUGUUGGAGCCCUUCUGGCCCAUGGGCACUGGCAUCGCCCGAGGAUUCCUGGCAGCCAUGGACUCAGGCUGGAUGGUGAAGAGCUGGGCUCAGGGAAAAACUCCUCUUGAAGUUCUAGCUGAGAGGGAGAGCAUAUACCGUCUCCUGCCCCAAACCACGACAGAAAACAUCAGUAAGAACUUCAGUCAUUACAGCGUGGAUCCAACCACACGUUACCCCAACAUUAGCCUUAACUUCCUCAAGCCAAGCCAGGUGAGGCACCUCUGCGACACAGGGGAGGCAAGAGAAAUGCACAUUGAAAUGGAGAAUGUGAUCAACUCGUCGACACCAAAGUUGGCCAGGAAUGACAAUUGUCUGCUUGACAAGCAGCUGCAAGAAUCCAUAGCUAGAUCCAGUAAGCUGCUGAACUGGUGCCAGAGACAAACGGAGGGAUACAGGAAUGUUAAUGUAACGGACCUUACGAUGUCUUGGAAGAGCGGUUUGGCUCUGUGCGCCCUCAUUGACAGAUACAGACCGGACCUCAUUGACUUUGAUUCCCUGGACGAGCGGGACCAGGAAAAGAACAACCAGUUGGGUUUCGACGUGGCGGAGAGGGAAUUCGGCAUCUCGCCCUGCAUGACUGGCAAAGAGAUGUCCUCUGUGGUGGAGCCAGACAAACUCUCCAUGGUCAUGUAUCUCAGCCAGUUCUAUGAGAUGUUUAAGGACACAGUGCCACCCGGAGAUAACCACAACUUGAGUCCUGAGGAGAAGGCUUCACUGAUAUCCAGCACCAAGUCCCCCAUCUCCUUCCUUAGCAAACUUGGUCAGAGCAUAGCCAUAUCCAGAAAACGAAAUCCCAAGGACAAAAAGGAGAAGGAUGUGGAUGUUUUGGGGAAGAGAAGGAAAACCAGCCAGUCUGAAGACGAGGAAGUAUCCAGGUCCGGUCGCGACGACAGGCCAUCAGUCCCAGCUGUCUUGACGGAGAGAAAAAUGGACUCCUGCGCUACAGGGAACCACAACAAAGUCAAAGUCAUGGCCACCCAGCUGCUUGCCAAGUUUGAGGAGAACGCACCACAGCCUUCAGGACUCAAACGACAGGGGGACUCUCUGCCCAAUCUGGACCAACUUCUGCCCCCUAGCCCACCCCAAUCCCCCGUGAAUGAGCCAGUGCGCCUGGCGCCUGUCCCAGCAUGGAGAAAGAAACGCACUCAGCAGCAGGAGCAGCUGAGCAUUCGCUACAAAGAAAUGAUCAAGGGUCCGCCCAACAGAGGGGAGCAGGCCAGAAGUGGUGCAGACCAAGUGUCCAGCUCGGGCUCUCGGAGCUGCCCAAAGAAAACCAUUCUGCUUCCUUCUUCCUCCUCCACUUCUUCGCUCUCUCUUCACUCAGAGCAUUUGCGUAAAAGCCCGGAAGAAGAGACGCUCGAAUACUACGAGAUGCCUCUGAAUUAUGGGGAAGGGAAGCUGCCGCACCUGACUGAGCCAAAGCCCAUUCACAUACCUGGUAUACAGGAGAGGGCUGACCGCCUAAUCUCCAGGUUUAAGGGCAAAUCUGACAGGCCUCCAAAGCCUAAGAAAAAGCCGUCCCGUUUCUUUAUAGAGCAGUGGCACUUGUCCGGCGGCCUGACUGACAGUCCUGGUUCACCACUUUCCUCCCCUGAAUCUUCCAGAAAGGAGCAAGCAAGGCCUCUGCAAACAGAUGAUGAAAUGCCCUUAUAUGUGCUUAGUAUUCAGGAGAGGGCUGAGCGACUUGCCUCUCAGUUUGAGGGCAAGCCAGCCCAACCAAAGCCUAAGAAAAAGCCCUCCCGUUUUGUAAUGGAACAAUGGCACCUGGCUCGAUCACAGUCUCCCCCUGGUUCUCCCCCCUCCACCUCUGACACUCUGAGAGAGCGCUAUGUAAGGAUGUACACAGGCGGAGUUAGCUCAUUGGCUGAUCAGAUAGCCAAUCAGCUUCAGUCUCAGGAAGAUCCUAAGCUUCUACCUGAAAAAAAGGAUUUGGGCUCUUUGAGAAAAGAAUUCCCCGUCAACAUCGGUGGCAGCGAUGUGUGCUUCUUCUGUAGAAAGCGUGUGUACGUGAUGGAGAGGCUGAGUGCAGAGGGGAAGUUCUUCCAUCGGAGCUGCUUCAAGUGCGAAUACUGCAACACAACACUACGACUGUCUUCCUACGCAUUUGAUGUGGAGGAUGGGAAAUUUUACUGCAAGCCCCACUUCUGUUACCGUCUGUCUGGCUAUGCUCAGAGAAAGAGGCCUGCCCCCCCGCCUACUCCAAUCACUGCUAAGGAGAACCAGGCGCCCCAAACUCCUACAGCGACUGUGGAUGCCCCAGGGAGGGCGAUGGCAGCAGCAUCCCCCUCGGCCGAUCUCCAGCCCUCAGCACCGGAGGUCAACGGCCUGCAGGAGCCCAGCCUAGCGAAACGUCUACGGGGAACUCCAGAGCGCAUCGAGCUGGAGAACUACCGGCUCUCCCUGCAGAGGGAGGAGGAGCUGGAGGAGGUGCCUGAAGAGACACUGGCAGAACACAACCUCAGCAGCGUGCUGGACAAGGGCACAGACGCUGACGACUUGGGCUCCAGUAGCUCAGAGUCAGACAUGGAGGAGGAGGAUGAGCAGGAGGAGCAGGAUGCGGAGGAGGGGGAGCAGCAGCCUCUCAGCCCCUCAGACCUCGGCGGUGUUCCCUGGAAGGAGGCGGUGGAGCUCCACGCAAAACUGAGGGGCGAAGAGGGAGACGACGUGGGCGAGGUCCUCGAUGAUGCUGUCAGCAGAGACGGGGAGAUAGAUGAAGACGAGGAAGACGAAGAAGAGGAGGAGGAUGAUGAAGAUGAAGAUGAGGAGGAGUCGAGCGAUGAGGGUGAUUACUGCCCCUGGGAUAGAGAGCUCCAGUCUGGCCUUUGGCUGGAGAAGCACCUCACAGAGGAAGACGAUGUUGGUACAUUUAAAGCCAGGAAUAUACAGAUCCAACAAGUCCUGCAGCCUGUGGAUCCCACGGCCAUACCGGGCCUAGUGAGAACACACCUGGACUCUGAGGGAGACCAGGAGGCACAGCUGACCUCCGCCUCCCAACUUUCCCACCCCUCUGAGCUCACGCAACCCUCCUCCACAGCCCCCGCCCACACAUCCGCCCGACGUGAGGCAGUGAGAGUCUGGUUGGAGUCCUUGUCUGGAGAGUGCUGUGAGGAUGAAGAUCUGGAGGCAGAAGCAGACAGUCCAGAUAUGGAGCCGGGGACAGAGAUGGAUCAGGAUGACAUCCCUUCAGAUGCAGAAGCGGAGGCUCGCUUGCAUCAGUCUGAGCACGCUGAAGUGUUUCCUGAGGAAGACAAGAGAUCAGAAAGUCCGAGAAUGCCCUCCACUUUCGAAGCUUCCAGUGCCAGCCCCACACAGAGAAAAGAUGUCAUUCUUUCUCCGCUCAAACCAUCUCCAGAGCUUGAAUCAAAGUUAAGUCUUUUGAAGUCUCCUGGCAGCCGCUUUUUCCCCGAACCUUUCAUAUCUGAAGAAAGGGAACCUGAAAGGACGACACCAUCUUUCUCUCCCACUGCAAAGAGCCCCCUGUGCCCUUCAACUGCUCCAGUCCAGGAUCCUUCCUCUGUCCCUUCCCCAACUGCUGCUGCUUCCCCUGUCGGUGUCCCGGCCUCAUCCCCCCUAGUUUCACUCAUCAAAUCACCCAUCAGCUCUCCGGUCAAGCCAACCAUGGAGUCCCCCAUCACAACCUCUGUUAAGUCACCUGUUGUGUCCGCAAUCUGCUCUCAGCCCACCCCCCUUCCAGAGACUUGCACACCUAAAUCUCCUGUCUACCCUCACCGCUCAAUUUGCCCUCUUACGGGAAACCCCCUCUCCCCAAUCUGCGCUCAGCCUUUGCCCUGCCAGGAGCCCUCGUCACCCCUCAUAUCAGACUCUCCCGUCAGAUCCCAGCCCAUCCCUGGAGUCACUUCAACACCCAUGAACAAAACAGACAAGGUCAUGCCUGAUCCCUCAAAGUGCGUAGACUCCUCCACAGAGGAAACGCCAUCCAAAAAAACAGACAUCAUUGAGGAAUUUUGGCAAAAGAGUGCUGAGAUCAGGAAGAGCCUUGGUUUGACUCCUUUGGACCGCAGUAGUAAAAUUUUUGAGAAAAGUGUUGUGAUAUCUCCAGCACUUGACUCCACCCCUGUCAAGACUCUCGAUUUGCCCGAGGAACAGAAGCCUGCCUUUACCGGCCGCGCUGUCAUUCGGAGGCUGAACAUCACUCUGGAGGGCCAAGUCAUUACCCCCUAUUUCCCCUGCAGAGCCCAAGACCAGACAGCAAACAGUGACAGCUACAACACAUCCGACUCCACCAUGCUCACCCCGCCCUCGAGCCCGCCACCACCUGUGCCUAGUAAUCAGUCUCCAGCCAUACUCAGGCUGCAGAAGCACCAGGUGUCUUGGUGCAAUGGGACGGAUAAACAUCCAUCAGAGCAUGCCAAAGAGCCGCCCAAAAUCAAGAGUCCCAUUCCCGCGCCGAGGACACAGUUAAGCCCCGUGCCCGUUCCCAAACCAGCACCCAGGAAAGUAAUCUCGCCUCAGGCUGAUCUAGAAAUACCUCCGGUGGUCGUCAUGAGGGAGAAGAAGAAGAAGCCACGGCCGCAGGAGGUGAGGAAGUCGUUUGUGGAGACGGUGGAGGAGAUUCCGUUUGCCGACGACGUGGAGGAGUCCUAUGAUGAGCGGACACCGGACACAAGCAUGAACAGGUACUACACCCCACCCACCAGCAAGAACAGAGACAGGCCUCCCCUGCAUCUUGCUCUAGCAAUGGAAAACGGUAAACCGAACAUCCCUGGAAAUGAAGCCUUUAAGUCACAGAGGGCAACUCAAUUCUCCCCAGAGGCCAAGGAGAUCGCCGAAGAGAGAAUGAAAGCCAGAGAAAAGUCGGUGAAGAGCCAGGCACUAAAAGAAGCCAUGACCAAGCAGCUAAACAAGAUGAAAGAAUCUGACAUAGACAAGGGGGCGGCACCUAAAGUGGCCUGGGGCGUAACCUCUGAGGGUAAGGGUAAAAAGUCAGCCGGAUCUCCGAAGACAUCAGCCGUGAAAGCUCUGGAGUCAAAGAAGGCAGAGACUUUACCCGAGCGUUUCUUCAGCAGCAACAAGAGUCUGGACAGCUCGGUGGCCUCGUCAGACGGCUCAAGCUCGAGCAAGAGCAAGAAGAGAAGUUCCCUCUUCUCGCCGCGCAAAAACAAGAAGGAGAAAAAGGCUAAGAACGACAGCAGCAGACUCUCCGGCACAGACGAGACACCGCCCAAACACAAGUCGCUGUGGAAGGCCGUCUUCUCAGGGUACAAGAAGGACAAAAAGAAGAAGGAUGACAAAUCGUGUCCGAGCACACCGUCCUCAAGUUCCACCACUCAGGACUCUGGGAAGAAGAAAACCUCACCUACUGGGAGAUCAUCAGAUUUGAAAUCCCGCAGAAACUUGAGCUUCUCUGAAGACUCUGACCUUUCCUGCGAUGAUGUUUUGGAGCGGUCCUCGCAGAAAUCAAAGGCAGAUCCGCACAUGGACAUCUUUGACCUAGUAUCAGGCAUGCAAAAGGAUGCGGUUAAGGAGGAAAAACUGGAGAAGGAGAGAAGGAGGGAGUUAAAGGAAAGGAAGAGGUUGAAAGAGAGGCAGAAAGAAAAAGAGCGGGAAAAAGAGGUUGAUCGGGAAAAGGAGAAAGACGACAAGGAGUCUUUAUAUGUCCCUCACGCACUGGCGUUCAAGAGAUCGUACGCCACAAAGAAAACCUACACAGAGGAAGAGCUGAAUGCCAAGCUGACCCGAAAGGUCCAGAAAGCUGCACGACGGCAAGCCAAGCAGGAAGAACUGAAGAGGCUGCACAGAGCUCAGAUCAUCCAGAGACAGUUGGAGCAGGUGGAGGAGAAGCAGAGGCAGCUGGAGGAGAGGGGAGUAGCUGUGGAGAAAGCUUUGAGAGGAGAAGCAGGAUUGUAUAAAGGUACUUAUACAUUACCCAAACAGCACAAAAGAAGAUCAGACUAUUGGGGAGAUUCUAAUUACAGUGAAAUCCUGGACUUGCAUCUGGGCGUUGAGCCCUUUGUGGGGAUGCCACGCCGAAGACCUCUCUCCUUGUGCCCCUGCUGGUCCCCUGAAGCGAGAGCCAGCCCCCGAGACAACAACCACACGAUUUAUGUGUGCAUGGGCAAGAAGGACGACCCCAAGCUAAUGCAGGAGUGGUUCAAGCUGGUGCAGGAGAAAAACGCCCUGGUCCGCUAUGAGUCAGAACUUAUGAUAUUUGCUAGAGAGUUGGAGCUGGAGGACCGACAGAGCCGACUGCAGCAGGAACUGAGGGAGCGCAUGGCUGUGGAAGACCACCUAAAGACAGACAAGGAGCUCAAUCAAGAGAAGCAGAUCUUAAAUGAGAUGCUGGAGGUGGUGGAACAGCGAGACGCCCUCGUGGCGCUCUUGGAUGAGCAGAGGCUGCGGGAGAAGGAGGAGGACAAGGACUUGGAGUCUGUUAUGCUCUCCAAAGGCUUCAAUCUCAACUGGGCUUAAGAGGAGAGAAAUAAUAGCUCAUCAAGUCCCGGGAAAUUGGCUGAGGCAGUGUCUGCCUCUCAUGGUCAUCUUUGAUCAGAAUAGUCUGCUGAACACCUGCAGCAGUGAAUGUGUAAAGACUCCCCCGACACACGCAAAAACACUAUGGCUGCCUCUGACAUUGAAGUGGUCCGCGACGUUUACAUAUCCUAUGCCCAAAGGCAGUUCCAAGUUAAUCACUUUGCAGUUUUGCUUGCUCUCGCUCUCUGAGGGGGGAGCGGGGAGUACAUUCACAGCUUUAUCAUCCCAGCCUUCAAGUGGAUCCUCUCAAAAAAAGGGAGGCCUUUGGGAGAAUGUUUGAAAGACUUGUUUCAUUCUCGAUUAUCUAAAGGGAAGAAUGCAGUUUGGUCCUGCUGAUGUAAAGGAAUUGUAAAGAAUUUUUUUGUGUAUAGUUGUGUAGAACAAGUCACAUAAUCGGCAGAUAAGGGUGCUUUCUUUUUUCGUAAAAAGGACUGCUACAGAGGAGUGUUUAAGUGCUGGAGGGGAGUCUCCAGGGUCAAUCUUCUCUUCAGUCCAUCUGUAGGAUGGACAUCCUCUGCUGAAGCUGCCUUUCUAUCCAGUGACAAACUGGCUCCUGCAUCCUUAUGAACCACAAGACACCAUGAAAUGUUAUCCCUCCCCCUCACAGUGUUCUUGUGAGUCAACACUAACAUAACAUUAAAUAUGUCCAUGGGUUUUAUGUAUUUAUUAUCUUUGUUUGCUUUUAACACAUAAACAUUUUUGUUUUGCAUUCACAGGAGAGUGCCCAGAAUCUCAUUAUCUAGCACUUGUGCAUGACUCAGACGCUCCCAUAAGCCAUUGCAUGUCAGGAAUGAAGGCUGCAGGCACAUAGAAGAACUAUUUGUUAAGCUAGAAUACAGACUUACAGUAUAUAUAAACACUUAAGCAUUUCAAAUGAGUCAACAAUGAUGGGCCUCUCCUUGACAUGCCAUUCAGUGCAUAUCACGCUGACGGUUUACAAAUACUUGUCCAUAUUUGAGAUGGAGUUUUAGGUUUUCUCGCUAUUGUAAACAGCAGUGAGGUAAAACAACUGUUGAAAUAAUUCAUCUUUCAAGGAGCAAUCUCUUCAAUUUCAGAUGUGUUUCCUACCUUGUGUGUUAUCAUAAAUGAAGCCGAUUUCACAGUUCUUAAUGGGAGAUCUGCGUAGCUCACAUUACUAAUUUUGUGCCACAGGACUGUCUCUGUUGGUGGAUAUGCUGCAAUAUCUGAAGAGUACAUCACAAGGACUUACACACCACUCACAACCGUAAACAGCAGUGUUACUUUACUCUUGAACAAGAUGCCUUUUUCAUUUUUAUCUUAAGUUAUAUUUUGUUUUUCAGAGUCAACGUUUUUGAGGUAGUCACAUAUGUGUAUCCCACUGGAACUUGAGACUUUUUCUUUCUCAAUUACUAUCAUACAGCAGGUCCACAAACAUACAAACCGAUUUUAAACAGUGGGCGAUGUAGAAGUGUGACGUGGUUAAUGAGCAACUUGCAUUAAACAGAACCGUUAUGGUUUAUCUCGUGGGCAGUCAAAUUUAAUAGCCUUUUUGACAACUGUAAAAAAUCCAGAUGGUCACUGUUUUACAGCACAGAAACACUAGAGGCUAUAUUUAUGACUUGGUAUGAGCUGUGAAUAAAAAACAAGUGAGAUAAGUUUAAGGGUUGUUAUUUUAGAUGGCGUGUGAUAAGUUUGACAUGAUUGUAUUGAUAUUUAUUAACAAGUGUGCAAACUGUAUUAUAUGUAAAGAAAAAUGAAUCCUAAUUUUUAAACUGUUCUGUUGACACAUGACUUGUAAUGUAAAUGCUUCAUGUAGCUAAAAUGCAUAGAGGUGUUGGAUGUAUGCUGAAACGGCAAUAAAACAAUGCAGUUGUUCUUUUAAA